AUGAGUUCCUUACCAGUAGAAGCUCCAAAGUUUUCACCCUUUCUCCUCUUUCUCCCACAGACCCCAUCUCAGAAAAACCUCAUCCUAGUCCCCAGUCCCCUCGCCAUAACUACCUCCUCCUACCGGACCCUCUACCGUUCCGUGCAUGCCUCACCUGAAUUUUUCAUGAUGGGUUUCGGACCAUCUUGGCCUCCCAAGAAUUGGAGCGAUAAAGAGACCGAGGCGUGGAUGAGACGAUGUGAUGUCGAUAAAUCCUGGGGUCCACGGGGAAUGGGAGAUUUUGCUAUCGGCCUUCUGCCUGGAAAGAUAGAGAAUUCAGGUCGGGAGGGGGGUGCAAGCGGGUUGAGAAUCUUGAAAGAGGGGGAAUGGGAGAGUUUUAUGGAGGCUCGAGGUGGAGAGGGGCCGUUCUUGGAGGGGUUGGAAUAUGUGGGGUAUGCGGGGAUUAGAGAUGCCACUACCACUUCUCUUGUAUCUGUUGGUCGCCCAGAGACCUUCCCGGGCUAUUUGGAGAUGAUCGAGCUGAGGUACGGCAUCGCGCCUGAAUACUGGGGACGAGGCCUUGCGAGGACUGCAGCGGAGGGGGUUAUGGAGUGGGGUGUUUUCGAGCGCGGGGUUAGAAGGUACAUUGCCGAGACCGAGAAGACGAAUGUAAGAAGCGGGAGAGUGGUAGAGAAGAUGGGAUUCCAAAAACUGAAGACGAAUUACUUUCAAAAUGAAAGUGAGUUUGAGUGGGGGAUUGGAUGCAGCGAGGUUCUCAGACCAGGGAAGAGGGAAGAAACCGGGGAAGGCGUGA